AUGCAAGUUGUAAAAUUACUAACAAACUUAUUGUUCUAUCAAAGUAACCUGCAUUUUUCCAAUGUUGAGUUGGACGAUGUCGGCUUGUACAUGUGCGUGAUGAGUAAUUCAUUCCUGAGAAGUUUCACCCAGGGCGAUGAUCAGAUCAUCCAGGUGGUUAAAAAUGAUGAUGAAGAAGAUGAUGAUGAAGAGGAAGAAGAAGAAGAUGAUGAGGAUGGCUAUGAUUUAGUCACUCCGCAACUGACAUGGUCUUCGCCAUCAUCACAAGUGGUCAUGUUGUGGUCAGAGGUCAAACUAAAAUGCAUCUUUGCCUCGUUCCCCACACCUCAAAUCAGCUGGACCAAAUACAACGGUUUAAUUGACCAAUCACCCGAUCCUAGAUGGAUGGAUGGAGCAAUGAAAAAUGUCGAAACGGAUGAAGAGAAUGACGUAGAAGUGAUGUGCGAUGUCUUUGCCAUACCGAAACCGAAUAUAAACUGGUACAUAAACGGGAUGUCCAUUCAACAGCUGUCGAGGCACAAAAGUAGGUCAAUCCUGGCCAAUCACCUGCGGUAUACAAACGUCACUCAGUCGGAAAACCAGGUCAUCCAAUGUAAUGCAUCUAACUUACAUGGCUACCUCUAUGCUAAUGCUUACAUCAAAGUAAUCGCUCAGUCGCCAAAGUUCCUAAAUACUGACCAAUCGACCACCAUCAAAAUACCAAUCGAAACGACGUUAACCCUGUCAUGUGACUUCACCAGUUCGCCGGCAGCCUAUCACCGCUGGUAUAAAACAACAGCUGACGAUUACGUGAUCAGUUGGAAUGAUGAUGAUGAUGGUGGUGGUGGUGGUGAUAAUGAUGAUAAAAAUGAUGAUACUGAUUAUGAAGUAAGAACUUUGUUUCAUAGAGACACGAAGAGAAUUAACUGUGACGAUAUCACAGAUAAAAAUAUGACGUCAUCAACAUCAUCAUCAGCAACAUCUUUUUCUUCUUCUUCAUCAUCAUCACUAUCGUUAUCAUCAUCACCAACAAAUAUGGCGUACGAUUUCAACAAUUUUGUCUUCUCAGAAAGACAUCUGCUGAAAACAAGAUCAAAACAGCUGGUGUUGAAGGACAGUUCAUAUUACCAUUGCAGAGCCACUAAUAAAUUUGGCAGUAACACCACAACGACCAGAAUUAUUGUUCUUGGUUGUUGUUGUGUGUGUGUGUGUGAUAAAACCAGCAUUACUACAAAACCAGCCAACCAAACGACUUUGAACGGGACGACCGUUAAAUUCACGUGCGAUUUCUCAACAGAUCGAAGAGAAAUUGAAAGUUUAAGAGUCACGUGGUAUCGGAUUUUCCGGAAAAAUGAUCACGAAAAAUUUCUAGACGACAACGAGGGUGGCGAUGCUGGUGGCUAUGGUAAAAAAUAUAAUGACGAUGGCGAGGAUGGUGAUGACGUAAACGAGGAUGAUGAUGAUGUUGAUGAUGAUGAUGAUGUUGAUGAUGAUGAUAAUAAUAAAAAUGGAAAAGACGAUAACGACAGUGACAAGACCUACUUCCUUUUAAAUAAUUCAAAAAUUAUCCACUUCAACAACAAAACAACAACAAUUAAUUACCGUAAUAAUGAUAAGAAUAACAACAAUAAUAAUGACGUCAUCAAAGUUCUGCUGAAAGAAACCAAAGACCGUAUAUAUUUCACUAAUCGAUCCCUGUGGAUUAGGAGUGCGAGAGUUGGGGAUAGCGGGGAGUACUCUUGCCACGUUACGAAUGGGAUCGAUUGGGACCAGGCGUCCGCCUUUCUCGUCGUUAAAAGCAAACCAUCCAAACCAUACGACGCACGCAUAGACAAGUGUUCUUCAUUGUCAGCCAUUUUAAAAUGGCGGCCAGCCGACGAAAACAACUCCCCGAUCACUAACUACACGGUCUACUCGAGGCAUCAGUCAAAAAUACAAUACGACUACCUGGGGCCUAACCCUACUCCUCCACCGACGCCAUCUUCACUAAUUUCAGGAUUUAAAUCCCAAAAAUUUCAGAGAUGUGCUGUCGUUAAUGAUAGCUCAAAGCUGAUUGGUAGCGCGAUUGAAGUUAAUUUAACUCUCUCACCAAUGAUGGAGUACGAAUUUCAAAUUUCUGCCAGUAAUAUUUUAGGGGAGGGGCCUAAAUUUGAAAUCAAUCAAUCAUGCGUGACUCCGCCUUCGAGACCAUUCAGGAAUCCGAUCGGUGUUUGUACUGACUUGAAAAAUUGCAGUCAAUUAAUUAUUGUCUGGCAGCCCCUAUUGAAAAGUGAACUGAACGGCAACGGAUUUUUUUACCUGGUCAGCUACCAGCGGCUUUUCACGCCGCCACAAACAACCACAACGACCACAACUACGAACCCUUAUCUUGACAGCAUCAACGAUUUUUUCGGCAGCAGUAGCAGCAACAAAAACAGCAACAACAACAAUCAGUUUGAUAACAAUUCAUCACUUAGUAGUGAGAAUAAUUCUAGUCUGUCUAGUCAUGAAGGUCCUGAAAUUAUGCAGGUAGUAAGAGACUCGAGAAGUAGCGAGGCCGUCAUAGAGAUGGCUGACUGCAGCUUCAAGCGCUUCGUCGUCUACGUGCAGUCGGUCAAUGAGGAAGGAUUCGCCGUGUCAAGUGAUGUUGAUGUCAAGGUCGGAUACGCCGGGGAAGAUAGACCAUCAGUUCGCCCGCAGAACUUACGGCUGAACCACGAGAAGUUGAAUCAAAACAGUGUGGAAUUGUACUGGGACCAAGUGAACACGAGCCCCCAUACUAUCAACGGCAUCUUUGUUGGCUACCAGAUCCACGCGUGGGUGAGUGACAACCCUGACAUCAUCAGGGUGCAGGACAUCGUCAUCUACCACGACAUCAACAACACGCUGGCCUGUUCGGCCAAGGAAGACAUUGAGGUCACGUCAUCACCAUCUUCUUCCGGUUAUUAUCACGUGACCGGAAGUUACCGGGAUCGAACUCCGAUUAGAGUCUAUAUGACGGAUUUGUGGCCCAAUACAAUCGUUACCGUCGGUGUUUUGGUUGUUAGUAGUUCGAAUGUCGGAGAUCUUAGCGAUACUAUUGAGUUUAUGACUCCAUCAGCGCCGGACCCUGACCAAUCGGAAUCGUCCAAUGGUUCAGCUUCAUCUGCUAUUGUCAGGAUUGUGACAAGACCGCCCACUACACCAAUAACAAAGGCCAUUGAAAUUCCCAAUGCAACUUUCGACGAACUCUUCAACAACACUGACGAGUACGGUGAUGACGACGAUAAAGAAAUUGUGGCUACAACAAGCUUACCUAAGAGAGAAGAAUAUAAAAGGACUUUGAUUGGAAUUCCAAAAUUGGCGCGCUGGUUCAUCGGAAUGACUUCAUCGGUCGGUUUGUUGUUCAUCCUACUGUUCAUCGUUUGCGUUCUUAAGAGGAGGAAGGGUAGAAAUUAUCAAGUACACGAAAGAGAGAAAACGAAAGGUAGAGAACUGGACUGGCCAGAUGUGAAGUUGGAUAGUAAGGAAAGAGUAGAGGGUAGGAGGAGGUUCGCAAUUGGUCGUCUAAGGAAGAAGAAAAGUCGCUUAAGUUCUUCAAUAGUCAGCGAGACGAGCAGCCUAAAAGAGUACGACGAAAAUGGAGACAUGACGAACUUUCUGGAAGAUGGUUCCUUCAUCGGCCAGUACAUCUACAAGCCCUUCAUAGUCGAAGAGAACGAAGGAGCUACAAUUGUCAUUGAAGAAAGUGGGACUGAUUCUAAAACCAACGGCCUGCCUAAGGAUGGAAAAGAUGGAAACGGUAAGGAUGAUGAAGGAGGUAGUGGAGAAAUAUCAGAGGGAAAUCAGCAGGGACCAACUGUCGUGUCGGUCCUUGCUACAUACAUCUGAUCUUAUUGGUUUCUCCAGAGACUUUUGUUUCUAAUCAUAUUUUGUAUCUCUCGGACUCAGGCGUUUGCUAAAUGAAUUGUCUUCUGUCUGGUGUCUUCACGUCGUCUAGUGACUACACGUCUAGUAUCUAGGCAAGUCCAGAAAAAUACAAAAUAAAACCUAGAUGACACAGAAGUCUUCCAUUCUUUUUUUGUUUCCAUGUGGUUUAUGUUUUAUUUUCAGGAUUUAUUUACAAAUGACGUCUCUAUAUUUAUACAAUUACGACUCUAGAACGUUGUCACUGACUUAUUUAGUACAAUUAGGCAAAUUGGAGACCAUAGUAGUAUAGUUAUAUGUUUUUGCCGUUUAUUUUUGCCACAUCUUUGUUAUUUUUUGCUUUAAAAAAAAUUCG